CUACUUUUGGAGCUCCCAUAAUGGGAGUCCCAUUCGCUGUUUUUUAAUCUUAAAAUCUGGCAACAUUGCUCUGGUGUUAUUAUUGUAAACAAAAAGGAGGAAGGAAAACCGAAAGAAGACCAGAGACUUGUCAUCAUAAUAGUUGUGUCAUCAUGUGUGAUGAAGAUUGGAAGAAGUUUUAUGAUGAAAAUCCUCCUCCUGAUGAACUGCUUGAAGUUAAAAUGCAGUUGACACGUUUCUGCAACUAUCAUAUUUCUAAAGGGAACAAAGUUGUUUUAAUUACAUCUGGAGGUACCACUGUUCCCUUAGAGCACAGUACGGUGCGUUUCGUAGAUAACUUCAGUGCAGGGAAUAGAGGGGCUGCCUCAGCGGAGUAUUUUUUGAGAUCAGGAUGGGCCGUUAUUUUUAUGCAUCGAUCUAAAUCUGUAGAGCCAUUCCUCCGUAAAGUAUCGCUCUCCAAGAUUUUGGAAUCCAGUUCUUUGUAUGAAGGGCCCGAUGGUUCUCCAGCAAUAUCAGUACAGGGUAGGAUCUGUGAAGAAUUAAUUCCUGUUGUGGAGGACUUUAAGAAAUACCAUAAAGUUGAGAAGAUGAUUCUAAUGGUAGAAUUUUCUACGCUGUCAUCUUAUUUGCACAUGCUGUAUAUAGCUGCUCAAGUGUUGCGAUUCAUGGGGAAAGAUGUCAUCCUUUACAUGGCGGCUGCUGUCUCAGAUUUUUACAUUCCACAAAAAGACAUGUCCAUCCACAAAAUCUGUUCAGAUGAAGGUCUCAACCUAAGUUUAAGAGUGGUUCCAAAAAUGUUGCAACCUUUAGUACGCUACUGGAUUCCAGAUGCUUUUGUCAUUUCCUUCAAGUUAGAGACUGACUCGACGAUUCUUCUAAAGAAAGCUAGGAAAGCCCUAGAAAGAUAUGGGCACAAGUUGGUCAUCGCUAAUGAGUUAAAGACUAGAAAACAGCGAGUAGUGUUUGUCACCAAAGAAGAAACAAAACAAAUAGCUCUGAGUGAUGAGGACAUGAAUGCGGGAAAAGACAUAGAGGAAAUCAUAGUGGCUGAAAUUUUGAAAAACUAUUCUUCAUUUAUACAAUUAUGAUGUUUUUUUCAGUUGUUAUUUUCAUGCACAAACACGGUUUGUAAAUUAACAAUAAAUUUAUUUUAAUACAUAA